ACCCGGAAAUAAUACAAAUGACCCCAACCAACCCAUACCCCAAUCCCAAAUCGUCUUCUGAAAUAGUCCGAUUUUCGUAUUUUUUCCAUCUUGUCGUCGGAAAGUGACCUCUAUUCAUCAUAUACAGAAGGAUAAGCAUUCAUUAUCCUGUGCUUCUCUGCAGAAAACAGAGCCUGCAAGUGUAGACAUCCAGGCUGAUUUGCACCACCUGCAACAUCAGGUGAACACAGUAUACAAACUGAGAGGACAUAAACCCACAGCUAAAUAAUUUGCCACCAUGUUCCUCACCCUCACCCUGCUGCGGAAAGGCAUCCCUGGGAAGCAGUGGAUUGGAAAGUAUCGUCGUCCACGGGCGAUAACAUGGCAGAUGACGCGCAACACGGUGAAGCAUCUGGAGCGAGAGAGGGAGAACGAGUACUGGAUCAGCCGGCCGUACAUGACUCCAGAGCAGGAGUACUGCCACGCCACGGAGCGCAGAGCCCAGAACUGGCUCAAGAUCAAAGAGGCCAAAUUCUGCAAUUUUCCAAAACACAAGCACAUCACAGAUCACCUGAGUCACCUCAAUAUCACCAAGAAUUGGUCAAGUUAAUGCGAGCGGAGAUGGGGCUGUCUUUGCAAUUGGACAUGUCGCAUGUUUGUGCAAGAAAGCUUGGUUUCAUGGAAUCAAGACUAUGCAUGUCAGCUGAAAAGACACCAAGACAAACCAGAAACCAGGACUGUUUAAACUCCAACCGCCUCCUUGAAACAAAUGUGUAAUCUUUUGUGUUUUUAGUUUUUGUACAGUCUGAAUUUACCCUGCAACAGGACUGUAAUGGCUCCAGAUUCAGUGAUGCUCAUUGGAUAAAAAUUGCUUAAUAUUAA